GGCUUGUUGGGGUCGCUGAGGCCGUGGCACCCUCCUGAGCUGAGGUGGGUAAAAACAGAGCCCUGGGCUCGCAGCAGCUCCUCGGCUAAGGAUACUAAAUCCUGCCCAAGCAGCCCUGAUCCUGCUCAGGGUGGAUGGAGCCAUUUUAAGCAACGGUUUAAAUUAAGAUGUCUUGACUUGCUGAGCCCGUGGCAACGCGCAAGUUGUCACAGCUUAGGUGCGCAAAGGCUCUCUCCGAUCCAAGGCAGAAGCCUCUUCCCCACCAAAAGGGCAGGGGCGAUUUCCUGCUGGCUCUGGAGCCUCACAGGGAUUUUCUUCCUUGGGGGGAGCCGGGAUGAUCCCCAGCCAAGGGGGAACUCGUGGCAAAGGUCUGCGCGGCCCCAGCGGGGAGUGAGCGCGUGGCGAGCGCUCGCGGUCCCACCGAGCCGGCAGACGCGGCCGGCCCCUAGCAGGGCUCGGUGCCGAGCAGGACUCGCUGCCCGGGCCGGAUGACAGAUGACCGUGGAAGAGGAGAAUGUGCUGCAGCCUCCGACCCUGAGCUGUACUACGAGGAGGAGGAUGAGUCGAGCGCGGGGUCCGAGCCCUCAGACACCUGCAGCAUCCUCUCCGACGACUCCGUCUACCCCUGCUCCGAGCUCCCUGCUGAGACCGGCGGUGCCGAGGGGCUGAGCCUCUACCAGUGCUGCCUCAGGAACGAUGCCAAGCUGGUGCGGGAGAGGCUGGAGCGGGGGGUGAGCAGGAGGGAGGCCACGGAGCUGGACAUCAACGGCAGGAACGGGCUGAUGGUCGCCUGCUGCAAGGGCUUCGUGGACAUCGUGCCCCUGCUGCGGCAGUGCCCGCACUUCGAUGUCAACCAGCAGGACAAGGAGGGGAACACGGCGCUCAUGAUGGCAGCACAAGCAGGACACGUCACGAUAGUCAACUACCUCCUGAACUACUUCCCGGCGCUGGACGUGGACAGGCGCGACGGCCGGGGGCUGACAGCGCUGAUGAAGGCGGCGGUGCAGGGGCAGCAGGACUGCGUGGCCGCGCUGCUGCUGGCGGGAGCGGACCUGCAGGCAGUGGAUCCCAUCAAAGGGAAGACAGCCAGGGAGUGGGCAGUCUUCACCGGCCGCUUCGAGACGACCGCUCACAUCCGGAGCCUCCUGCGGCGCCCGCGGGCCGAGCAGUUCGGCACCCGCUACCUGCCCGAGUGGCCGGCGCUGGCCGGGCUGGUGGCCAAAGCCCUGAGCCCCAAAUCCCGGAGCCAGAGGCUGUCGGAGAAGAUCCGCUCCCUCUUCACCUUCCGCUUCCCUCGCGACCCCGAGGAGGACGGCGUGAUGGACCACAUGGUGAGGAUGACCACCGCCCUCGCCAGCCCCUUCGUGGCCACCGCUUGCCAAACCGUCUGCCCCGACAGCCCCCCCGAGGUGGGCAAACGCCGGCUGUCGGUGCCGGAGAUCCUCCAGCAGCACGUGCCAGAUCCAGGCACCUCCAGCCCCGUGGCCGGGGCAGCCUCGUGCAACGGCCAAGCGGUGUCGGAGAUCCGGCUCCUGCCGCCGCGCCGUCCCCAAAGCCGCCUCCUGGGCUUCCUGCCCCAGCGGCUGCUGCUGCUGCGGGGGAACAGCAUCUUCCCUGGGGAACACGUCCCAAAAAUCAAGCUGACCAAGGCCUCCUCACCGCCGGCCAGCAGGAGGGAGUGGAGGCGUCGUGCCAGGGACAAGGAGCUGCUGCAGCCACCCAAGUGGAGGUACAAGGAGCUGCAGGAGGAGAAGAGAGCUGCCAAGGAAGCGGGGAACGAGAAGAAAAGGGAGAAAGGGGGAAAGGGACCCUAAGGGGGGAGGUAUCGGGCCGAGGGCCCCAACCGCCCUUGGGACCUGCUCGGUGGCGUUGGCAGGGGGUGCGCCCAGGUCCCUGCUCCCUGCCCAGCCCCUUGGCUCUGCCCGGCCCCAUGGUGCUGGGGGGGAUCCUGCCCCCUGCCAGGAGCUGGAGCGGGGUGGGGGCAGAAGGCGGCUCCCUUCUGUUCUUUUUUUGCCUCUUUGAUCUGACGGAGAUCUUGAUCUCGCGGAGCGUGGCGGAACGUGACUGUGCAGAUUAAAGUGGAAGCGGUUGCCAUGUUAACGGGAUUGAUUUAAUGAAUAAACCCCGGGGCUGCUUGUCGGGCUGGCAGCGAAGCCUCACCCGCGCUGCGAGCAUCUCCCCACCAGGGAAGCCCAACUGCCCUGGUGGCAUCAACCUCCCUGCUCCUGCUUUGUCCCAGGGUUCAGGUGGACACCGGGACCCCUCACCUCGCACCCAUGGGGACCUCUGGUGCCCCCCAGCACCU